CCCUGUUCUCUUCUCUCUUAAGUAUUUGAAUUGAACACUCAAAUCACUCAUCGUUUUUUCUUCCCAGGCACUACUCUGUUUCCAAUUUUCAUUUCAAAACCAAUAAAAAAUAAAAAUAAAAAAAUUGGCAAUUUCAUUUGCUUCAGCGUCGAGGAGCCAUCGUCGAUUUCUUUUCCGUUUUGUCUGAUCUUCUGAAUUAGGGUUUUUUUUUAGAGAAAUGGGUAGCUCCGAGAAGAAUGAAAAUAAGGGCUUUUUCGCUGCCAUGAGUUCCGGCUUGUCCAUGUUCAGCAAUGCCAUGCACCGAUCUGUCAAUGGGAUGCUGGGAUAUGAAGGGGUAGAAGUCAUAAAUCCGGAGGGAGGUAAAGAUGAUGCAGAGGAGGAAGCUCAGAGAGGAAGAUGGAAACCCGAGGAAAGAGAUAGUUACUGGAAUAUGAUGCAGAAAUAUAUUGGCUCAGAUAUAACAUCAAUGGUAACGCUACCAGUUAUUAUAUUUGAACCGAUGACUAUGCUUCAGAAAAUGGCAGAGAUAUUGGAGUACUCCCACUUGUUAGAUCAGGCAGAUGAAUGCGAUGAUCCAUACAUGCGGCUGGUGUAUGCAACAUCUUGGGCUAUAUCUGUGUACUAUGCGUAUCAACGAACCUGGAAGCCUUUUAAUCCUAUCCUUGGAGAGACUUAUGAAAUGGUUAACCACAAUGGGAUUACAUUUAUUGCAGAACAGGUGAGUCACCAUCCCCCAAUGAGUGCUGGACAUGCUGAGAAUGAGCAUUUUACAUAUGAUGUGACCUCGAAGUUAAAGACUAAGUUGUUGGGAAAUUCUGUUGAUGUUUACCCUGUUGGAAGAACACGUGUAACCCUCAAGAGGCAGGGUGUACUUUUAGAUUUGGUGCCACCUCCUACAAAAGUUAAUAACCUGAUAUUUGGCCGGACAUGGAUUGAUUCACCUGGGGAGAUGAUAAUGACAAAUUUGACAACUGGGGACAAAGUUGUACUAUACUUUCAACCAUGUGGAUGGUUUGGGGCUGGUCGCUAUGAAGUAGAUGGAUAUGUUUAUAAUUCUGCCGAAGAGCCUAAAAUAUUGAUGACUGGGAAAUGGAAUGAGUCAAUGAGUUAUCAACCUUGUGAUUUGGAAGGAGAGCCUCUUCCAGACACAGAAUUGAAAGAGGUUUGGCAUGUUGCUGAUAUUCCGCGGAAUGAUAAAUUCCAGUAUACAUAUUUUGCACAUAAAAUAAACAGCUUUGACACUGCCCCUAAAAACAUGUUGGCAUCAGACUCUCGUUUACGUCCAGAUAGAUAUGCACUUGAGAUGGGUGAUUUAUACAAAGCUGGGGCAGAAAAGAGCAGUUUGGAGGAGAGGCAACGUGCUGAAAAGAAAACUAGAGAGGCCAAAGGGCAUAAAUUCACACCAAGAUGGUUUGAUUUAACCGAAGAAGUGACAUCGACUCCUUGGGGUGAUUUGGAGAUCUACCAAUACAAUGAUAAAUUCACUGAACAUCGGGCUGCUGUUGACAACUCGGACAACAUUGAUGAUGUUGAUAUUAAAUCAACUGAAUUCAAUCCAUGGCAGUAUGGUAACUUGUCCACAGAAUGAGUAGUUUCAAUUUUUUGUUUUUGGACGUGCAGUUAGUUCAUGCAACCUUUUUUUUAGUUGAUACGUAGAAGAAAUUUGUUUGCUGGUUGUUGGCUUGUGGAGAUUGUAUCUGCAGCUCAUUAUUAUGCCUUAUUGAUCAUUUUU